GAAAACUUAGCGAGACUGCGAACUAAGAGAGAGAGAGAGAGAGCGCGCAGAACAGCAGAAACAGCGAAGAUGGGUGGAGGCAUGGAAGUGAACAAGAACAGACACAUAGAAGACUGGAACGCAGCGAGGGAGAAUUUGGAGCAUAACUUCCGCUGGACUCGCCGUAACUUUGCUCUGGUCGGCAUCUUCGGUAUCGCUCUUCCAGUCCUCGUCUACAAGGGAAUCGUCAAGGAAUUCCAUCUGCAAGAUGAGGAAUAUCGGAGGCCACCGAGGAAAUUCCUGUGAGAAUAUGUGAAAGUCCUCUGCAAUAAUCAAGUUCUGUUGAACUAGGAAAUAUUUCUGCUGCCAUCUUGGGAUAGCAUUUAGUACUUGUUUUGUCUGGUGAUUGUGCUCUGUAGCCUGGUAACUGGUUUUACUUUGCCGAGCUUUAUGCUUUAGAGAAUUUGAAUUCUGUAUGAUUCAUAAACUCCACUUUUGUUAUAAUGUGAAAAUAAAGUUUUUAUUUCCACAUUUGUGAUAAUUUGGAAGUAAUGGUUUUUGUGCA